AUGACUUCGCACAUGAUGGUCCAUUGCCCAUUGCAAACCAACGUCUGCGGGAUUUGCGAAAAGACGUUUAAGCGUUCGUAUGAUUUGAGGAAACACGAGAUCACUCACACCGCGGAACAUCACCAAGUUCAUGCUCGCUCCCGAGCCGUGAUCUAUAAAGAUUUACAGCUACCCUUGCCCACUGAAAUUCAACCACAUCAAUCACUCCAGUCCGAUGGGAUCACACCCACGGUCAAGUCAUCGCGUACCUACAAGAUACCUCGUGGGCGCUCGACAGACGCCAUCGGGACUCCUGUUGGUCACCCACGCAGGGGAAAUUCAAUUUCCAGUACUCGAAGCUCGCCUUACGAGCGCACACCAGUACCAGAGAGCUCGAAACCUUUUUCUAAUCACCGCUCUGAGAGCAACCUUCAACUAUCUUAUUCAUCAGGGUUUUCUAGCGCAAUCACACCAAUCCAACAAGACAUGGAGUCUGAUUUUUCACAUGGGCCCCACUUUCAGUUUGUCGAUGACUACUCAAACUCCUCUGAUUCACCUUCAUCUCGUACAUCCAAUCAACUUGUCUUUCCAUCUCAAUAUCCUCAGACAUAUUUGGAUUUCAAUCAGCCGUUCGGGAACGACUAUACAAGCUCAUCCAACAGUAACAAUAUGGACCGAUACUUCAAUGAGGUACAUGACAGUCGUCGAGCUAGUCAACCUGCUUUUUUGAUGCCUGAACCUCCUAGCCACCUGGGUGGAGCAAUGCCUCCGGAUUUAUACCGAACCGGCUCCUUACCCACCAACAGCCUUUAUCCAAACAUGAUGCUAAACCAGAACCAAGUCCACAGUAAUUUCUCUCAACUUUUGGCGGAGGAACAAGCCAGAGAAUCGAUUGCCGACUUUUCAUUUCUCAACAUCUCUACCCAAGACCAGCAAGCCAAUAAUUAUUUAUACUCUUCGGUACCUGACAAUCAGCAGAACAUGUGGACGAAUCCAAUAGCACACCAAGAGGCUUUUGAUUUACUUUUUCCCCCUGCUCCCACAACAAAUGACCAAGCAGGACAGCCUCAAGGACAACAGAUCCCUGAUGCAUUCGGAUUGACUCCCAUCCUUGAUCAAGUAACUCGGCUUGCUGACCACGGCUCUCACUUCGGUCAGUACUUUGCCGCUGGUGAUGAUCAGAACAAUACCGAGAACAAUCAAUUCAUUCAGAAUUAUGGUGCGUAA